UUUCCCAUAGUUUCCACGGCGCUGUUUUCUCGCUGGGUUUUUUAAACAAAAUGGAGGCCUAGCUUUUUUGAAGAAAAAGGCGAAAUUAAACAUUAAAUAAGCUAGCUGGUAAAUCAGUCAAAUAUAGAAUUCGGCAAGUGUUCAUAGAUUUUGUGAAACAAACAGUGUGGAGUGAAUCGAGGGAAGUUUGAAGCCAAACGAUCGAUAAACAAACUACAGAAAUUGAUGUACCUCGCCUCAAUAGUGGACAAACAAACGCAUUUGUUUGCGUUUAAUAUGAAUUAUUAGAUGCACAAGCAGGAAAAUGUCAAAUAGCGUUGUUAGAGUAACUGACAUUAAAGAUGAUGAGUUGGAUAACAGCUUACUGCUGCUUGUUGGUGAAGAUGGUACGGUGACACCUGAUCAAGAUACAGUUGAAACAUUUUUGAAACAGAGAAGUGGACCAACUAACAUACAAAUCAUGAAAUUUAAUCAGUCGGAGAAACAAGGUAUUGACAUUACUGUGAAUAAUGUGACUUACAUUCCCGAUGCUAUAAAUGAAGAAGUCGUGAGAACAAAUUCGAUGGACAUGGAAGAAGUCGCUAGAAACUUGCGCAACUUCAAGCUAGACCAUGAUUAUACGCUAUUGAUGUCCCCUCGGAAUGAUAGCCCUCCGCCAGAAGAUGAACUGGCAAAAGCUCUCAGUAUACUUGACGGCCCCGAUCCGGCACUCCAGAUGCCCCCUUUGAGCAUGUCCGAGCCACCUCCUCUGGUGAUGACAUCUUCAUAUAAACAACCCAUAAAGACCCCUCCCAAAGUAAAACUGAUCCAGUCAAUCACUAUCGCGCCACCAAACAAGAGCAAUAAGGUGGUUCUACAAAAAUCUGCUGUUCCCCCUUCCCCUGUCGAGACACCUGCAGAAAUUGUGAAGCCUGUGGUAGAGCAGAAAGUGGUUCCUGAAAAAACUCAACCUCCCGUUACUCCCAGUGAACCUAAGAUAGAGCCCAGCUCAGUUGAAGUUAAAGAACCCCCUCCACAGGAAGUAAAACUUCUACCAGUCGAGACCCCUUCGAAAACAAAAGCAAAAAUCAUCAAGACCGAAGCUAAAAUUGCUCCCAAACCAGAACGACCAAAGCCUGCCAAGGCAAAAGUUAAAACCAAAGAGGUUAUUGAGGAAGAAAGUGAUGACUAUGAUGAUUUUGUUGACGAAAUGGACUUGGAGAUGGAGGAUGACAAGGACGACUCUGACUAUGACUUUGAGGAGGAACUAAAAGUGAAACAGACGCCCAGGAGGGUUAGCAGGAGAUCGAAGGUCGAGUCGAAGGGGACUCCAAGAAGCCCCAAGAGGAAGAAAAGCGUUAGUAGUGACGCAAAGGAAGUGAAAGAGGCGAAGAAAGAAAUAAAGGAGGUGAAGGAGGAAAAUCCGCAGGAGAAGCCGAUUGAAGAUAAACCUCCGUCAGAAAAGCCCGUGGAAGAGGCUAAACCAAUCGAUAAAAAGCCUCCGAAGAAGGAGAAGAAAGUUAUCAAACCUAUUCUAGACGAUUUUGCGUUGUUCUCUACUCCAGACAUCAUCAGGCGUGUUGGGGGGAAGGAGCCCCUCACUCCUAUGACACCAGAAGCUUCAAGCCCAGGAAAGCCUGCUAAAAUCCUGCCCCAGGAGCCACACAGGAAGUCUGUGGAAGCUCAGCAGACCCCAGUGAAGAACAGGACAAGUGUCGAUGGUAGAAAUGAAAAGGAAAAACAUUCCCACAAUAGUCCUGAGAAAAACGAAUCUAGGAAUAAGGAGAGGAGAAGUAGCAUGGGAGAUAUGAAGCCAAAGCGUCCCAGUACCGACGAAAGUGCGAAAUUCAAGGAGAAAAAACCUGAGAGAAGAGUUUCUGAAACUUCUAGGAGAAAAAGUGUGAACAUGGAGGAUAUUCCCAGUGCCGAAGACAUCCGGUCGAUCAUCAUGAACGAAGACACCAAAUCAUUCACUAUGGACACCAUGCUGCAACAUUCUGCCCAGAAUUUGGAUCAGAACAAUAUCAAUUUGGAUGGGACGGGUCUGGAUUUGGACCCUACACUUUUGGAUAAUUUGAAUAAUGAUGAAAUAUCUGAGGACAUUCUGUAUCAGGUGGCACAGUCUUUGGUGUCGAAUCCUGAGUUGCAGAAUGCCAUCGAUAAGGGCAUCAAUGAAGGGGUGCUGGAUCCCAUGACGGUCGACCAGAAUAUUGUACCUAAUCACAGUCACCAUGUGCAGGCAAGUAACGAGGGCAACUCUCAAGGUGGAACCCAAGUAGUGCGUGCAGACGGAAGGAUUGUAGUAAUACCACCCAUCGAAAGACCCACAACUAGGAGUAGAAAUAAGAGAAACGAGGAAUCAAAACCUCCCUUUAAGCCCGUCCACAAACCUCUCGAUGAAGAACACGUGUCUGGAAACGAGCUCGACAGUUCCAACGAUGAAGAGGAAGAAUCCGAAGACGACCCUAAUAAACUGUGGUGCAUCUGCAACCAGCCACACAACAACCGCUUCAUGAUCUGCUGUGACACAUGCGAGGAGUGGUACCACGGCAAGUGCGUCAACAUUACCAAGGCUAUGGGGCAGCAGAUGGAAUCAGAGGGCAGGGAAUGGAUUUGCCUCUUCUGUAAGGAUCCGAUGCUGAAAAGACCACAGGCGGCCGCGAGAAGGGUACGAAGAGCGUCCAGGAAUUCCAGGGCUUCAAUCGACAGCGUUAACAGCGAACGAGGCAGAAAUUCUGAGCCCGCGAACGCAGUGCCUUGCGUCGUGUGUCAAAAACAAUCAAGGAAAAAUUCCAUUUAUUGCAGUGAAACGUGUAUUUUGGCACACGCCCAGGGGAUUGAAAGGGUGAUUGUGUUUGAGAGAGCAACUGGUAAAAUGAUCACCGGCAACAAGGCUCCGAGCACUGCAAAUCUAGAUCAGUGGCUCAAGGAACACCCAGGGUAUGAAGUCGUACGAUCUGGAGGAAAAGUAGUCACAGCAAAGGUAUUUUCAGCAACAAUUGUAUCUUAUUUAUAUCAUUAA